UUCUCAUUCACACCAAUACAUAAAUUAGAUAUUAACCACCUGUGAACUCAACCCUUAUUCACCCCAGCCACGCCACACAUGUAACUGAUACACCACUACUCUCCUCGUCACAGCCACGAUCAAAUCGAAGACAAGUCCCUGAGUAACGACCAAAGGGGAAUCUGAGCAACCAAAAGCAGCCCACUCGAUCGUCAUCGACCGAAGCAAGUAUUGCAGAAACAGUCCCUAGCAAGCCAAGUCAGGAUAUCAAGGAUUUUCAAGUGUGGCUGACCCACCGUGCCACACCCUCCAACUCAGUCGAGAGCAGUCCAGCCAACCAACCAUUUCAUUUUGAGACAGAAACAGACAUUCCCGGCCAGGGCCCGUCAUCAGAAUCAAAUCACCCCCAAAUCCCCGAUCCUCUGAUCCCUGUCCUCCGUGCCCUGGUUCCGUCCGCGGCCCUGCGCUACGCGACGCUACCUAACUAUGACGGGUAUCCUUGCUCCCGUCACAUCAGCCUUUGGCAUGCCACUACCAUCAAAGUAUCGUCUAAAAGGAUCCUCGGCCACCUCAAAUUCUUCAACCCCUCCUUCACCUUCUACUUCUACCUUUUCUUCCUCUUCUCUCUCUUCACCUAAAACUCCUUCACCUUUAAUCACUUCCUUCACUCCAACCCCAGUGCAGGCCCUGUCAUCGCCCCCACUAUCUGCUGUCUCCAUAGACUCGGUCCUUUCAAAAGCCAAAGCCACAACUCUGACAUCAUCACCGACGUCGCUCGAUAUGGCGAGCCCGGAGACCAGCCGGCCUGCCUCAGCAGUGCUGAGCAUUGACACAAGACCAUCGGCUGCUAUUUUGAGCUCAGCUUUCUCGUCGCCUCGUUCCGCGUCUCCCUCUAGAACUAUUCGCGAAACAAUGCGUGAUAGCGCCGUUGAACUGCGCAACUCUGCUCGAUCUAGUAUGGAUGGCACUACCACCACCACCAACGGCGCUGUUGUUCCCAGCAGCCGCACUUCUCUCGACAGCGGUCGAACAAGCAUGAGCUCUGACUGGCCUGUUCACCCUGGCGAGAUCAACACAAUUGCACAGCUCGAUACUCUGCCCAUUGGCACCGAAGUCACCUUCCGAGCCCGCAUCGAGACCCAGCGACCUAUUUCAAAGGUUCUCGACUUCCUACUCCUCCGCGACCAGACACACUCCGUUCAGGGUGUUCUCGCCCGUGAUGCCAGUAAUGCCGACUUCAUCACAUGGGUCCGAAAGAUCAACCCCGAAUCUCUUGUCCAGAUCACUGGUACCCUCAAGAGCCCUCCAGAGCCGAUUCGAUCGGCUACACACUCUAAUGUUGAGGUUGACGUCGAGUCUGUUCACCUCGUCAACCCCGCUCAGAACCUCCCCUUCAGCAACUACAAGCCCCCAGAGACCCUGCGCAACCGCAUGAACGCCCGAAUCCUCGAUCUCCGGCACCCUUCCAACCAGGCGCUCUUCCGUGUGCGCUCAAUGGUCUCCCGAAUCUUCCGAAACACCCUCGAAGAGCAAGGCUUUGUUGAAAUUAAUACCCCUAAGCUUCAGCCUGCCGCCACUGAAAGUGGUGCUGCUGUCUUCCCUGUAAACUACUUCGGUCGCCGUGCUUUCCUCGCCCAGAGUCCUCAGCUCGCCAAGCAAGAGGCUAUCUCUGCCGACUUCGGUCGCGUUUUCGAAAUUGGCCCCGUCUUCCGUGCCGAGAACUCCAACACUCACCGUCACUUGACCGAAUACACUGGCCUCGAUCUUGAGAUGGCCAUUGACACCGACUAUCAUGAGGUCAUCCAAUUCAUUGACAUGUUCCUCAAGGAAGUCUUCAGAACUGUUUAUGCCUCUCGAGAGCUCGAGGUCAUUCGCAAGAGAUGGCCUAGUGGUGAGUUCAAGUGGCUAGAGGAGACCCCCAUCAUCCCCUUCAGCGAAGGUAUCCAGAUGCUCCGUGACGAUGGACGUGACGUCGAAGAGGAGGAUCUGUCUACUCCCGACGAGAUGAGACUUGGCCAGCUUGUGCGCGAGAAGUACGGCACAGACUACUACGUCCUAGACAAGUUCCCUGCCAACGCUCGCCCCUUCUACACUGCCAAGGACCCUGAAGAUCCCAAGUGGACUCGAUCUUUUGAUAUCUUCAUUCGAGGCCAGGAGAUCUGCUCCGGUGGUCAACGUAUCCACAACGUCGAUGAGCUCCGCGCCAACAUGGCUGCCGCUGGCAUGUCUGAGGAUGGUAUGGAGGAUUACCUUACUGCCUUUGAGCUGGGUGCUCCUCCCCACGCUGGUGCUGGUCUUGGUCUUGAGCGUAUCGUCGCUUGGAUGCUUGAGCUUGGCGAUGUUCGAUACGCAUCUCUAUUCCACCGCGACCCCAAGUCUCUUCCUACUAAGGCUCCCGGUCUGCCUCACCCCGAGGCUGACACCACCAAGCCUCACCACGCCGACUCUCCUCCUCCUAUCGAGAAACUCAUUGCCAAUUACGGUGAUGCUACCAACACCUCCUGGCUCGAUGAUCGUUUCCAGAUUUGGCGACACUCCACUGGUGCCGCUGUUGGUUGGGUCCAUCGCGAGAAGUUUGCUAUGAUUACUGGUGACCCUCUUUGUGACCGCAGCCAGUACACUCAAGUCAUCCGUGACUUUAUUCACUACAUUACUGUCGACCUCCGAUUGACACCUUUCUGGAUGCUCGUUUCUUAUGAAGUCCAGAAGAUUCUUGCCUCUGAAUUUCGCUGGCGAAGCUUGUCUUGCACUGAGGAGCAGCGUGUCGACGCUGAUAAGCACAACAGCGCCCAGAUCGAUGGCCUCGCUGCCAAGGCUCGCCGCGUUGAGCGUGAAGGUGUCAAAAUCCAUGAGGUCAAGCCAGAUGAAGACUUUAUCUCUCGCGCUAACCCCGCCAUCGAAGCAUGGAAGGGUACUCGUAAGGGCAAGGGCAAACAGGUUCACCUUACUGAGGUCCGCCCCUGGAUUGACCAGGAGCACCGCCGAUAUUUUGCUGCCGAGAAGGACGGCAAGGUCAUGUCUCUGGUCGUUUUGGCCAAGCUUGCUCCUCGACAUGGCUGGCAGGUCAAGUGGGCUCUGGACUUCCCUGGUGCCGUCAACGGCGCCAUUGAGGUGCUGGUGAGCUUUGCUCUUCAGAACGUUAGCGGAAAAGUCACCUUUGGCGCUGGUGUUUCCGAGAAGCUUACCCCUGGUGAGCACGUUGGCGGUAUUCGUGCCAAGUUCCUUAGUGCUAGCUACCGAUCCAUCGUCGACAGUCUUGGCCUCCGUCGCAAGGCAUCAUUCCGAUCCAAGUUUGGUGCCCUCGGCGAGGAGAUUUACAUCUGCUACCCCAAGCACGGUGUCGGCCUGCGCGAUCUACAGAACGUCAUCAAGUUCUUCACCGAAUAAACAUUGUCGGACCUAUUAUCACACCAAUCACGCCAAUGGUGCCAAGCGAGAUACGAGCGAAGGGAAGAGGAGGUUUAUUGCGUUGCUUUUAAAGAUACCAUACUUUACAUGAGAUUGGAAGCAUGAGGAUGGACGACGGAAUAACGGCCUGUGCUUUUCUUUGUUAACGGAAGGGUUUGCUUGUUUAAUGACGGUUGUUUUUCUUGGAUGGUGAUUUUCCUUUGUGGCAGUCUUGCGAAUAUGUUUUAUGUUUAAAAUUCCCCCUUAGAUACCAAGCCUGGAUGAAAUACCCUCUCUAGACGGAUCAUCUCUUGCAGGCUGUGCCUGCUGAUGUACACCAAUAUUACUAGUUACAGAAUAUAGUUGUUUAAAUACCUUGUUCUUGCCAAA